AAAAAAAAAAAAGGAAUACGAGGAAUGCAACUUUUUGCCAAGAUACAAAGAGCUUCGGCAAAAAUUUUCAGUAUUCUCCCUUGGAUUAUAGUUUCCUUUCUGAAUUGAUGUUAUAAAUUGGAAAUCUAAUCAACACGAUACUAAUUUUUAUGAAGUCAGUCAUAAUUAAUGAGUAAUCAAAUCAAGAGAUUAUAUAGAUUUUUGAUGCAUAAAUAAAAGAAGAGAUGCAAUAGAUAGAGAAACUGAAGUGUGGAAGAGAACUGAAUGGAAUAGAUGGCAUUUUUCUUUUUAGUUCUUAAAGUUGAUUGAAUUUUAGUAGUGUUGGCCAGAUUGAGGCCAAAACUUUCUUCUUGUAGAGAACCAACCGGGUUAAGUGGACCCAGUUUGUAUUUGUUUUGUUUGAUAUGUCAGAACUAGAUUGGUCAGUUAUGUCCUUAGUCCACUAAUUAGUUUAUAAAGGAGGACUUUGAUUUUCUAAAACCAAACGUCUCUGUAAGUUCACAUUACAGGGUCAGCUUCUUUGUAAGUUCUCUUCUGCAGAGUACUCUUGGGAUGCUUUCGCAGCUGGGUUUGUUUGGUAAGAAGGCCAAGAUUUGAGCUUUAGUGGAAGGAUCAAAUCUCAGAGUGGUAUUCACUAUUGUAUAUAUGUUUCAAAAUUUACAAAUUCCUUAUGCUUUACAGUUUGUUUCUUUGGCUACUUUGGCUUGUUUUUGGUAUGGUUAUGUUUGAAUUGUUUGUAUUUACUUGGUGGGAUUCGGCAUAGUUGCUCUGUUUGGUUGCUAGAAGAGGCAGGAAAAGAAAGGAAGCCAGAAUUUUCUUUCUUAAGACUAGGGAUUUAAGUCUAUUCUAAGGCCAUGUUCAUUUGGUUAUGCAAAUAAUGAAGCGAAUGCAAUUUUUGAAAUAGGAAUUCAUUUUUAUUCUUUUGUUUAAUUGACAAGGAAUUCAAAUUUUAUAUGAUGUUUAUAUAUUUGGAAAACUGUUUCCAUUUCCAUUCUGAUUUGGAUGCGAACCAAACAUGUCCUAUGAUGGUUUGAAACUCUACCUCCUGGUGGAUUAGCUUUUACUGCAGAAUUUAAUACCAUCAUGAUUCUUUUUUGUUUGCUAAAAUAUUAUUCUGACUUUUGAAGAAUUUUGGGCUAUUUCAUCUUGUUAUGCUCUUUUAGUUUAAUAGUAUAUUGGAGUAAAAGAAGUCUUUGGAAGGAAAUAUAGUUAAGCUUCAAUUAGUUGAUUCUGCCUCGUUCUUAUAUAUAUGAGGGUUUGUUCAGCUGAGCUUCAUGAUUCUUAGUGGUUAUAAGACAUAAUAAGAUUAUGUGAGCAUCCUUUAUGUGGGUGUAUCAUACGCUAGAAAACUAAUAUAAUCUUUAAUGUUUCUAUAUAUGCAUUACCUACAAUUCAAAAAGAAACAUGAGUCUGCUCUCUAUCUCUCUCCUCUUUCUCAUUGAAUUGUUUAACUUUGAUUAGUCAAAAACUUGCAAAUGACAAUCAUGUCCAAUUGGGAUUUGGAAUUUUCAUAGCUUUUCUUCUUUUACAUGAUGUAAUUUUCCAUUUUCGUUUAAAGCUUCGUCCUUUAGUAGCUGAGUGUUGUGAUCCAGAAGAGUAAAGGUUCGAGCUUUGUUCUGAAUCUUCAUGGGGUUGUGUUUUAGUGCAGAAAAUGCUAUAAAGGGUGAUUCUCACCAUGAUAAUGAUGGAAAUAAGUUACUAUCAAAGUCAGUAGAAUGGUCUCAUCUGUCAGUGCCUUCAACUACCCCAAAAUUUGGUCAGAUCCUACAGUCACCCAAUUUGAAGAGCUUUGGCUUCAGUGAACUGGAAGAAGCAACAAAUGACUUCGGACCGGAUGCUGUGUUCGAAGAAGCUGGUUUUGGUCUUGCCUACAAAGGGUGGAUUGAUGAGUGUUCCUUAGAGCCUUCAAGGCCUGACACUGGCAUGGCUGUAGCUAUAAAGAUGUUUAAUCAAAAGGGUUGCCCAGAUAGGCAAGAGCUUUUGGCAGAAAUCAAAUACAUGGGACAUCUAUACCAUCCAAAUCUUGUGAAAUUGAUUGGUUACUGCUUGGAGGGUGACCACCGGCUUCUGGUCUAUGAGUUUAUGCCCAAUGGCAGCUUGGAGAAUCAACUAUUCGGAGGGGAUUCCCAAUUUCAACCACUCUCUUGGAAUCUCCGUAUGAAAAUCGCACUUGGUGCUGCUAAGUGUCUAGCAUUUCUUCAUGAUGAGGCAGAUAUAAUAUAUCGAGAUUUUAAAACUUCUAAAAUCUUGCUUGAUUUGAACUAUAAUGCCAAACUAUCUGAUUUAUGAUUGGCUAAAGAUGGGCCAAUAGGUUGUAAAAGCCAUGUUUCUACAAGAUUCUUGGGUACCGAAGGGUAUGCAGCACCUGAAUACAUGAGAUCAGGUCAUACUUACAUGAAAAGCGAUGUAUACAGUUUUGGGGUUGUUCUCCUUGAAAUGUUAUCUGGAAGGCAAGUGAUAGACAGAAACAAGCCACGUGAAGAAGAAAAUUUAGCUGAGUGGGCAAGAAGCAUUAGCAACACCCGCAAUAUUUCCCGAAUUCUGAACCCUGCCAUUUUAGGUGAGCAUUCAGGAAGGAGUGCAUUAAAAGUAGCUCAACUUGCAUGCGAUUGUGUAUCAAAGGCACUAAAGUCUCGCCCAGACAUGAAAGAGGUGGUCCUUAUCUUGGAAAACCUUCAGGAUUGCAAUGAGAAUAAAGUAUGCAAAAGCUCUAAGCAUUACAAAUCAAGCAAUGGUUCUGAUCAUAGCAGGGAAAAACUCAAAUGAAGUUUGCAAUGGAAAAGUUGUUUGCUGUCUUGAGGCCAUCUUCUUCUCCUGUUCUUGAGACAUUCUUCGUUAGUUGUAUUGACGAUAUCAGGAAAAGCAGGUAUUGCUAUUGUCUGAUCAUUAUACAGGCAUGAAGAUAAAUAUUUCAUUGCUUGAUAAACACAAGCCUAACAGUAGCAGUAGCAGCCAGUCAAUAUAAUGUCACUCCAUACAAGAAUGAUCAGUUAAUUGUACAGUUAUAUAAUAUUGGUUUUUUCCCUAUCUGCAGGAUAGAUAAAUCAAAUUCCUUAUUAGAUUAACAUGCA